UAUGGUUAAAUUUUUAAAAUCACAUUAUUGUUUUAAUCAUUAUUUAAUGUUUAAACACCAAGACUAUCUCCUUAUUAAUGUUGUGGCCAAAUUUAUUUAUGUUAUGAACAUACUGUAUAUAACUUAAAACAAAAUUUCGCCUAAAAAUAGGGUGGGAAAUAAAUAUAGAAGAUAUCUUUUUACAUUAUUGUUUUAGGCAUUAUAAUUUUAAGACAACAAAAUUAUCUCCUUAUAAUUAAAUUUAUGAAUGUUAUAAACAAAAAUAAUUUAAAACAAAACUUUCGUCUAAAAAUAGCGCGGGUAAUCACUUAGUAUUUAUAUGCAAGAAAAAUCUCCCUUACACCUCCACAUCACAUCAAAUCAUCUUAGAUUUUACUCUUUCUUUCUCUCGUGCUUCCUAAAAGAUGGUAAAGUGCUCUUCCCUUUGUUUGUUUCUUUGUUCUCUUUUCUUUCUUGGCUAAAUUCGUUGUGUGUAUCUUGUUUGUUUCAGGCUUUAUCUAACGAACAAAACGUCGAUUGUCCAACCUUCAAGCUUCUCAUUGUUGGUGAUGGAGGCUCUGGAAAAACCACCUUUUUGAAGAGACAUCUGACUGGGGAAUUUGAGCAGAAUCAUGAACCUACUGUUGGGGUGGAGGUUUAUCCUUUAGAUUUCUUCACUAACCGCGGCAAGAUCCGUUUUGAAUGCUGGGAUACUGCUGGACAAGAGAAGUAUAGUGGUCUAAAGGAUGCAUACUACAUCCAUGGUCAAUGUGCAAUAAUCAUGUUUGAUGUCACCGCACGGAACACAUACAUGAACGUAGACACAUGGUACCGUGAUCUCCGCAGGUACAAGAAAUUUUUAUUUUCUGAUUUUUUGUAUAAUUGCGUCUAUAUUUUGAAACAUGAAAUACUUAUAAUGUGGGUUUUGGAUAUUAAUUAUACAGGGUAUGCAAGAACAUUCCGAUUGUUCUGUGUGGUAACAAAGUUGAUGUGCCGAGUAGACAAAUCAAGCCGAAGCAUGUAUCGUUCCACAGGAAGAAGGGUCUGCAGUACUAUGAGAUGUCUACGAAGAGCAAUUGCAAUUUUGAGAAACCCUUUUUGUAUCUUGCUAGAAGACUUGCUGGAGACGCAAAACUAUCCUUUGUGGAGUCACCAGCUCUUGCUCCAACAGAAGCUCACAUUGAUGACAUUGACGUUGAUUGUCUGCAACUGUUGGGAUUGAAGCUGAGCUCGUAGAGGCGGGAACUCAGCCACUCCCUGAUGACGAGGAUAUCGUUUGAAUUGAAAACCCUAUCGAUUGAGUAAUCGUUUAAUAAUUGAUUGUCGUUUUUAGCUUUGAGUCAUGUGUAAUAAAAAUAAUUGCGUGGUUUAUGAGACAAAAUUAUCUACCUUUUUGGUGAUGAUUGAGUAAUGUUCAUGUGGAAUAUAAUGUUUUUACAUUUGUAAUUGCAUGGACAUGUAAGAAUGAGAUUGUGACUAUAUUUUAUAAAUGGUAUUUUUCUUUCCCUUUUAACAAA